ACUUCGUACAUAGUUUGUUUUGCUUGUUAAGACUUUUCAUUGGUUUUAUUUUAGCUUGUUUUAUUCUGGUUUUAAAUUGGAUCAGGUCUAGUUCCUCAAUUUUUACCGUUAUGCUUUACUUCUGUAUUUCGAAGAAGAAUGUCUCUUUUCGAGAGGUUUUGUUUUCAUUUUGUAUUUCUUUAUUUUAAUAAAAUUUGAAAAAUAUUUGGUAAUCAUCCGUUUGCACCUUUUUCUUUCCUUUCCAUAGAUAAAACCGCAGAGGAUCAGGUCUUCUUCAGUUCUUCACUUCUUCAUGCUAAAAUGUCACGCACGUAGCAAAAUUCUCACGGUUUUCAUCCGCCUAGGGGACUUUCAGCGAAUUCAAAUCAGUACUCGAAGCGUGCGGGAAAAAUCUUGCAGAUAUAGAAAAAGACAAUCAGAGACCCGAAUUCAAGACGAUUUCCAAAUAAAAUAAUGGCGCUCUCUUCAUAUUCGCUUCGUGUAUUUGGGUCACUACUGCACAGAUCUCCCUACUCCUUCACUCUUCAAAGUACGGCAUCUUUGAAUGCGACACCGCUAUCAUCCUCUUCCUGGUACUCAUCUUCUAAAAAAUGGGUCCUCCAAUCUGGGUAUUCCGUGAGAAAGAUUUGGACUUCUAUGCCACUGUGUAUGGGCAGGCGCUCCUGCAAAAUUGCCGGGAGAAAGACAGCACAGGAUGCGAAGAAAACGAAAUUGUAUUCAAAAAUUGGGAAGGAGGUUGUUUCUGUGGUAAAGAAAGGCGGCGCUAGUCCUAUAUCUAACAUAGCUUUGGCUGCUUUGCUUGAGAAAGUUAAGGAACUUGAUGUGCCGAAGGACAUAGUGGAAAGAAACAUUAAGAGAGCGUCAGAGAAGGGCCAAGAGGCUUACAUUGAGAAAGUCUAUGAGGUGUAUGGGUAUGGUGGAGUUGGCAUCAUAGUUGAGGUUUUAACGGACAAAGUGAACCGGUCAAUAGCACGGAUUAGAGAGGUGGUGAAGGAUUGUGGUGGGAAGAUGGCGGAUUCGGGGUCCAUUAUGUUCAAGUUCAGAAGGGUGCGUGUUGUUAAUGUGAAAGUGGGUGACGUUAACAGAGAUCAGCUCCUCACAAUUGCCUUAGAUGCUGGUGCUGAAGAUGUCAUUGAACCUUCCUCAAAGGAUGGGGAUGAUACCGAAGAUGAUGAUAUGCUAAGGUGUUACAAAGUUGUGAGUUCAAAUGAGAAUUAUUCUGCAAUUUUAUCAAAGCUACGUGAAGAGGGAGUUAAAUUCGAACAUGAUAACGGUUCUGAGCUACUCCCCAUCACUCCGAUUGAGGUAGAUGAUGAGGCUAUGGAGUUGAACAAAGAAUUAAUGGCAAAACUACUCGAGCUUGAUGAUGUUGAUGCUGUCUAUACCGACCAGAGGCAUUAGCUAGUCAUAUGCAUAUACUAUAAUUUAUUUGAUCCCUCCAUCAAUUGCACUUGCACAUUCUGAUGAUAGAAAUAUAUGGGGUUCUCUACCAUUUUGUGGGUACAAAGACCCAUAAUUGAAUCCCGUCGCCGCCAGUGUGGGUUGGUUACCUUCAACGUGGAGGGACUGCUUGUACACGGCGAAAAGUGGUCUAGGCUUUGGGAUCAACUAAGUGACCAUGUUUUGAUACACUACCUACUUCGCCGGGCCGGACUGCCGGAGUAUGGAGGCACAGGGGUGGGCAAUUCCAACUUUUGGGACAAAGUAGUAGGGAUGGCCGAGGACCGGGCAAGGCCCCAGGACUGGCUUGGGUGGUACUGAAAUUUUGGGCUUAAGACCCGGUACUGGCCCGAGAUUCUACCGGGACCGGGCCUGGCUGGUCUACCUGCCUGGGUCUUGAGUCGGGUCGGGUCGGGCAAUAAUUAUUACUUCCUCCGUUCUUUUUUAGUUGCAACAUCCUUUUUUCACGUUUAUCGAUGCACAACUUUGACCGUCGUUAUAUUUGAUUCUCUAUCAGUAAAAAAACUUUGAAAAUUCGGAUUAUGAAACUUUGUAAUGAGAUGAAUUUAACAAUAUUUUUCAAAAAAAUAAUUCACAUACAUUAAUA